AUGAGCGUCCGUCCAGCAUCGCACGCUGGGUCCUGGUAUAGCACCAACUCCGGCAAACUGGGUUUACAGCUUCAGCAAUAUUUGGGGCAGGGCCUGCCAGUCGCUGGCGCCAGAGUCAUCAUAUCCCCCCAUGCUGGGUAUGCCUACUGCGGUGCAACGAUGGGGAAAGUCUACGCCGCACUGGAUCUCACCAAUGUUAAACGUAUAUUUGUGUUGGGCCCCUCCCAUCACAUCUACUUCAAGAACCGGGCGCACGUUUCGAACUUCAAGGAAGUGGCAACGCCACUAGGCUCCUUACCCGUCGACAUCGCGACCGUCAAGGAGCUGGUGGAAGACGAAGCAUUCGAGUACAUGGACCCGGAGGUCGACGUUGAGGAACAUUCCCUGGAAAUGCAGUUUCCGAUGCUGCGCGCGCUGCUUAAACUUCGCGGGGUCGAUACGGCGAGCGUUGGGGUCGUGCCCAUAAUGAUAUCGCAUAAUUCGACGCGCAGCGAUCAACACCUGGGAAAGGUUUUGAGCGAGUACCUCGCUGACCAGUCCACGGUCUUCAUCAUAAGUUCUGACUUCUGCCACUGGGGAAGAAGGUUCAGUUUUACUGGCUACGUGGGAGACAAGAGCGAGAUCCAAGAAGCCCUGGCGGAGGAUACAGAAAUAGAGUCGCUGACCGCGAGGAGUAAGCUGUCCCACCACCAGGUGCCCAUCUGGAAGAGCAUCGAGAUCUUGGAUCAGUACGCGAUGUCCAUCUUAUCGCAGACGGAGCCCCGCGACAAAUAUGAACUGUGGAAGCAUUAUUUAGAAGUUACUGGUAACACUAUCUGCGGCGAAAAGGCCAUAAGCGUGAUGCUGUGUGCGCUGAGCCACCAAGCAGAGCCAGCCGUAUUUCAAUGGCCAGCGUACGCGCAAUCAAGCCAAGUCACGAGCGUCAUGGACAGUAGCGUAAGCUACGGGGGAGGAUAUUGCAAAAUUUAG